UGUCGGUUUUUCUGUGUGCUCCGAUCUCAAGCGUGAAAUAAUGAUUAUAGAAAUUCGAUUAUGAAGUGAAAUAUUAUCGAUUCGAUAAAUCAAAAGUACUAUUUAUGUAAUUUCUAUCCUAAAAAUUCUUCUAUAUGCACGCGUAGAGAAUUAAUAUAGGAAUUCGUUCACAAUUUCGAAUCCCACGUUACAGAAUAAAUUGCUGACGUGUCUCGUGGAAUUGUUCCUAUCAGCCUCGAGCUUUAUAAUGUUGUUGCAUGUCAUUGUUGCGUUCAUUCGUACUUAGAUCGCACCUCGAUCUCAAACCGAAUAGCUGUAACGCAACGCGAGUAACGCUCUCUUCGUAACUUCGACCUUGUUUUACGCAAUUCGGACGCAAUUCACCUAAUCACCGACGCUCUGCUUUCUUAUCGCAGGUACGGAUCAACCGGAGGAGUACGACGCCCUGUGGAUGUUGGAACGGAAGGCGCGUAGCAUUGGCCAAGAAAGCCAGGAUUCCCUUCCGUACUCGUCGUCGAAAGUACAUGACACCUUAGGAUGUGGUGGCGAUUAUCCGGUUCAGAUGUAUAGUGGAGACUCCUACAUGCCGAUGAUACAGACGAUACAGACCCACUACGUUUGUACCGAUUGCGGCAAGAAAUAUAAAUGGUUAGACAGUCUGAAGAGGCAUCAAAGAGUAGACUGCGGCAACAAGGAGAAAAAGUUCUCCUGCCACGUGUGUGACCGAAAGUUCAAAUAUCGAUAUGAACUAAGGAAUCAUAUCACUGCGCAUCACUGCGGGGAAAUGACAACAAGUUUUCUCCCUCCUCUUAUGAAAAAAGAGAUCCUGUAAUCCUAUGAAAAACCCG